GAUGCGCGCACCAGCACCCGCAGCAGCACCAGCAACAACCACGACGACGACGACGACGAUGGUAAAAGGAGGCCACGCGACAUCGUAAGCUCGCGCUCGGAUCGGACUACGACCACUUGUUACCGCGCCAGUUUCGCCUCGUUUUAUUUUAUUUCUCCGGCUACUGAUCGCGGUUUGAAGCGGGAGUUGAGGGCGCAGAGCUAUGGAAUGGAUCACGUCGAUUGAUAAAAGGCCGUGCGACCGUAACGUCAAAGACGUCGAGCUAAUCUGCUCCCGUUUGCGCCGCGUCGACCAAUUCUGCCGCCUGCCCAACUCGCUGCUGCAACAAUUGGCAUUAUGCGGCUAUUACGAAGACCUGGAGAAUGGAGUAACACUAUUUCGACAAGGAGAUACAGGGAAAUGUUGGUAUGCUGUAAUGUCGGGUACCUUGGAAGUGCGGGUGGCUCAACCAGAAACAGACACAAAGACUACGGUAACUUUGUGCACGCUGGGCGUGGGUGCUACGUUCGGCGAGUCCAUCCUGCAGGACCUGCCCAGGGACACGACGGUCGUCACGCAAACGACAUGCGAAUUGCUCAGGGUGGAGCAGCAGGACUUUAAACUCAUCUGGGAGAAAAACAAGGAGCUGAUGAACGAUUUGGUUUCCAACUGCAAAUUGAAAAAUGGGUUUGGUCCUGCUGUUUCGGGAAAAGGGAUGAACCAAACAGCUUCACCACCUCCUCGACGUGCCAUGUCUCCUGACCAACCGAAUCCUGCUGAACCCAUAACAGACCAGCCCAGUCAGGUUAUCGGCAGGAUAGGAUGGGCCCUUAGAACGUUAUUACUAUCACAAAACACUUGCCUUAAGGAUCGAAAAGUAUCAGGAAGACUGGUCAGGAGAUGCGCACCUGGAACAGAAUUAGUCGACUGGCUUAUAAGUUUAUCGCCCAGUAUACACGCCAGAGCUCAAGCAGCCGGAAUGUGGCAGGCUUUAUUAGAAGAAGGAGUUAUUUCUCACGUAAGCAAGGAACAGCCGUUCAAAGACAAAUGUUUCCUGUACCGGUUCUGGCAGGACGAGGAGGGAUCGACGGUGCUGCCGCCGCCGGAAGACGUGGCAACGGCGGAAGACCAGCUGCUCGACAAUCUCGGCACGUUGAUUAAUAGGGGACCUGAUGCGCACUUGCGAAUGAUACUUAGGAAACAGAGUCACGAAAGGACUGCGGACGAUCUGGAAACCAUUUACGAAGAGCUACUACACAUAAGGGCGCUGUCUCAUCUGUCAAAUUCGGUGAAAAGAGAAAUAGCCAGCGUCAUCGUUUUCGAGGCCCACCCCAAAGCCGGAACAGUGUUGUUUCACCAGGGAGAUGAGGGCAGGUCGUGGUACAUAAUAAUAAGAGGCUCGGUGGAUGUGGUGAUCCAUGGCAAGGGCACGGUAAAUACCCUGCACGAAGGCGACGAUUUUGGAAAGUUGGCCCUGAUUAACGACGCUCCUAGAGCGGCAACUAUAGUCCUGAGGGAGAACAACUGUCACUUCUUGCGAGUUGACAAGGAGAACUUCAACCGUAUCCUGAGGGACGUGGAGGCGAACACCGUCCGGUUGAAGGAGCACGGCAAGGACGUUCUAAUAUUAGAGAAAAUUACGUCCAAUACGAAACAAGUCUUCUCUUCGCACUUUAAGUAUACUGUGAUGGCAGGAACGCCUCUAAAGAUGUUGGAGCAUCUGUUGGAAACUAGGCUAGAUGGUAGAGGAGCUAUGGGUGGUGGUGAUAAUUUUAUUAUAGCUACCGCUCAAGAUCCAUUUCUCGACGAUUUUCUUCUUACACAUAUCGUAUUCUUCCCGACGCAUCAACUCAUUGAGGAGUUAGACAAAUAUUAUAAUAUAGAUUUCUCUAAUCAAGACAAAGAAUUUGUUCUCGCUUGCAAAAGAAGAGUCAUCCAGUUUGUUUACAGGUGGGUGACGACGAUUCGGCAUCCGGUGUUCGAGGACGACAUCGCCGUCGAAUUUCUGGAAGAUAUGGCCACGGGCCUGGAAAACGACAUCAUGCAGUUCGACGCGCUGCAGGAAGAAGCCAGUCUAAUGCACCACGUCAUGUCGCAGCUAAGGAGAUAUCAAGAGGACCGGAAGGCGCACGAGGGCCAGAAAUGGAAGCUGCCCCCCCUGGGACAGCCGAUAAGCCUGUUCAGCGCCGGCAACGACACCAACAGGACGAUAAUAAUGCCGCAGGACGACAUUAUUUUCAGAGUUUAUUGUGCCGAUCACACUUACUGCACGUUGCGAUUGCCGGUUGAUACGACAGCUGAAACAAUUAAGCUGCUAGCAGCAGACAAAUUGAAAAUUAGAGAAGAAGAAUUACUUUUGGUCGAAGUAAAAUCAAACGGAGAAAGAGUUGUGUUUAAAGACAACGACAUUAGCAUACCAACUGCACUAUCGAUUAAUGGCAGGAUAUUCGUUUCACCGAAGGAUCACUUAGAUGCUUUGACUUGCCUGACAGAACAAGAAGAAGCUACCCAGGGAAUAGAGGGCGAUAUUGAAAUGUACGGUACCAAAGAAUUAGCAUACUACAUGACGCUGUUUGACUGGGAUUUAUUUUGGUGUGUACACGAAUAUGAGCUACUCUACCACACGUUCGGCAGACACCACUUCGGACAGAUAACGGCAAAUUUGGACGUCUUUCUACGAAGGUUCAAUGAAAUACAGUUUUGGGUCGUGACAGAGAUCUGCAUGAUUGGUAGUUUAAGUAAACGAGUCGGUGUUUUGAGAAAAUUCAUUAAAUUAGCAGCAUAUUGCAGGGAAUACCAAAACUUGAAUGCCUUCUGUGCCAUUGUGAUGGGCUUAAGUAACGUAGCUGUGUCCAGACUGUCGAACACUUGGGACAAACUCCCAUCUAAGUUUAGGAAAUUGUAUACGGAAUUCGAAUCGAUGAUAGAUCCGAGCAGAAACCAUAGGGCAUACAGGGUGAGCGUAGGUAAACUACAACCUCCUGUGGUACCUUUCAUGCCUUUGCUGUUGAAAGAUAUGACGUUUACACACGAAGGGAACAAAACGUCGCUAGAUGGACUGGUGAACUUCGAAAAAAUGCACAUGCUUGCUCAAACGAUGAGGACCAUUAGAUUUUGUAGAAGUAGACAUUUAGUUUUGGAUCCACCGUCACCCAAAAGCGAAGGCGAAGUGAAAUCGUACAUUUCCUGCUUGAGGGUCAUCGACAACCAGCGAAUUUUAACGGGCAUGUCCCAGAAAUUGGAACCGCGGAGAUCUUAAAUUAGUAUCUAAUGUAUAUCCAUUUCGAAUACAUAUUUAUCUAUUA